UUGUGAUGUAUAAAUUUACGCGUGUCUUUCGAUUUAAAUUUUUUAACAAAAACGUUUUAAAUAAAAAAUUUAGCAAUAAUGCUAAUAAUCAAAACGUGUCAACUAACUGUUACGACGUAAUAGUUAUUGGCGGUGGACAUGCUGGAACAGAAGCAUGUGCAGCAUCGGCGCGUAUGGGUGCACGCACAUUGUUGGUUACCCAUAAAGUGGAAACCAUAGGUGAAAUGUCAUGUAAUCCGUCAUUUGGUGGCAUUGGCAAAGGGCAUCUUAUGCGUGAAAUUGAUGCACUUGACGGAAUUUGUGCUCGUUGCUGUGAUGUCUCGGGAGUUAAUUAUAAGGUAUUGAAUAAACGACGUGGACCGGCAGUCUGGGGUCCACGGGCACAAAUCGAUAGAAAACUUUACAAGCAAGCCGUGCAAAAGGAACUGUUCUCAAUAAAAAAUUUAGACAUUCGCUGUGCAGCAGUUGAUAAUCUCUUAAUAAAUUACAACGAGUUGGAAGAGUGCGGUAAACGUUGUGAAGGUGUUGUUCUACAAAAUGGUGAUGUGGUCUAUAGUCAUACAGUCAUUCUAACUACUGGUACCUUUUUGCGUGCACAAAUAAAUAUUGGUUUAGAAACGCGUCCCGCUGGUCGUGUAGGUGAUGCUCCCGCAAUUGCUUUGGGUAAGAACUUAGAAUCAAUCGGUUUUCGUAUGGGUAGACUGAAAACCGGCACACCUCCACGAAUUGCAAAAAAUAGCAUAAACUAUGUUGGAUUACCUUUGCAUUAUGGAGAUAAUCCACCAAUACCAUUUUCAUUUAUGAAUGAGAACGUUUGGUUAAGACCGGAAGAUCAAUUACCUUGCUAUUUGACGCAUACCACCUCACGCGUUAAUGACAUAGUACGUGAAAAUUUGCAUGUCAACCGACAUGUAACCGAGGAAAUAACUGGACCAAGAUAUUGUCCAUCAAUAGAAUCGAAAGUGCUACGCUUUCAAGCUAAAACUCAUCAAAUAUGGUUAGAGCCGGAAGGUUUAGAUAGUGAACUUAUUUAUCCACAAGGUUUAUCUUGUACAUUACCACACGAACAGCAAGAGCAAUUGGUGCAUGCGAUCAAAGGAUUGGAAUCAGCUGUUGUUGUGCAACCUGGUUAUGGUGUAGAAUAUGAUUUUAUAGAUCCACGCGAAUUAUAUCCAACGCUUGAAACAAAACGUGUAUCUAAUUUAUUUUUUGCUGGUCAAAUCAACGGCACCACUGGUUACGAGGAGGCAGCAGCACAGGGCAUCGUAGCUGGUGCGAAUGCAGCUGGAAAAACAGUUCACUCAACAUUACCAAGUGAAAAACAGAAAUUAACUAUUAGUCGUACAGAGGGUUAUACAGGAGUUCUUAUAGAUGAUUUAACAACUCUUGGUACUAAUGAACCAUAUCGUAUGUUCACAAGUCGUGCGGAGUUUCGUUUAACACUGCGUCCAGAUAACGCUGAUAUCAGAUUAACCGAAAAAGGUUACAACUAUGGACUAGUAUCGGAAACACGUUAUAAACAUUUUGCAGAUAUAAAAAGGAAACUUGAAUUAGCAGUCUCAUGUUUGAAAUCCUUAAAACGACAUUCUAACUAUUGGCGUCAAGCUCUUGGACUACGAUUAGCUAAGAAUACAAUAGAAAAAAGCGCAUUUUUAAUGUUAGGUAUAACAGCAGAUGGAAUAACAGUAGAUCAAUUAAUUAAGUUAUAUCCUCAAGAACUAGAUUGGCUUGAAAAUGAAAAUAUUAUUAAACAACGACUUAAAAUUGAAGCUCUUUACGACUUUUUUGUUAAAGAACAAAUGCAAGAAGUCGAGGAUGUGCGACGUGAUGAAUGUUUAUUAAUUCCCACAGACAUUGAUUACUUCUCCAGAACAUUAAGUCUUUCAAAUGAGGAACGUCAAAAGCUAAGCAUGAUACAACCACAAACAAUCGCUGCGGCGAGUCGCAUACAAGGCGUCACGCCUUCAACUAUUGUACGAAUUUUGAAAUACGUUAAACGUGCAAAUUUAACGCCAUCGAAUAGCUCAAACACUAUCUAGUAGUAGUAGUAACAUAGUAGUAGUAUUGUAAGGAUUAUUCAUUAAUAUUCUAAUAAUUAUUCAAAUUAGCUACGAACAAUUCGAACUAUUUGGAUUUGUUUAAUAUUCGAGCACUUUCGUGCAAAGCCAGUGACCGAAUCGUUCGUAAUAUUUAAAUUACGUGCAUUUGAUCGGUCAUGACCGCAUAUUUGAAUUAUUUCUAAAAUUCAAACAAUCCGAAAACGAACAACACUACUUAA